AUGGGAGUCCGACUUCAUCUUCCAGCUGUUACAAGCACAUUUCUCCCUCUGACCGUUGGCAUUUUGAUCCUUCUGCCUGACAUCCUCCAUGGUAAACUAGGAGUGGAGGGAAAAAACGGAGACUCAGCAAUACUGCAAAGAGUCAAACGAGGUUGGGUGUGGAAUCAGUUCUUCGUCCUGGAAGAGUACACUGGACUGGAACCUCUUUAUAUUGGAAAGCUUCACUCGGACAUGGAUAAAGGUGAUGGCUCCAUAAAGUACAUCCUGACUGGGGAAGGUGCAGGCACUACCUUCACCAUUGAUGACAGCACUGGCGACAUCCACGCCAUCCAGAGGCUGGACCGGGAGGUGAAGGCGCAGUAUAUACUUCGUGCCCAGGCCCGCAACCGCCUGACAGAUAGGCCACUGGAGCCGGAAUCCGAGUUCAUCGUCAAGAUCCAGGACAUCAAUGACAAUGAGCCCAAGUUUCUAGAUGGUCCCUACCAGGCAUCUGUACCAGAAAUGUCCAAAAUAGGAACAUCUGUGAUCCAGCUGACUGCUACGGAUGCCGACGACCCCACAUACGGAAACAGUGCUCGUGUGGUCUACAGCAUCCUGGAGGGCCAACCGUACUUCUCUGUGGACGCCAAGACCGGUGUGGUUCGCGUGUCCCUGGCAGACAUGGACCGAGAGACCAGAGAAAACUACACAGUGGUCAUCCAGGCCAAAGACAUGGGCGGGCAGCUGGGGGGGCUUGCUGGCACCACCACCGUCAACAUCACUCUGAGUGAUGUCAACGACAACCCACCCGUGUUUGACCUGAGGCUCUAUCAGAUGAGCGUGCUGGAGACUGCUCCAGUGGGUUCAGCGGUGGGUCGAAUCUGGGCCAAGGACAGGGACAUCGGAGUCAACGCUGAAAUGAAAUACAGCAUCAUAGAUGGAGACGGGAGGGACACCUUUGACAUCAGCACAGAACCCACAAACCUGUUCGGCAUCAUCACUGUGAAAAAGCCGCUGGACUUCGAGAGCAAGCCCAGCUACACCCUGAAGGUGGAGGGAGUGAACAUCAAUCUGGAUCCAGCCUUCAGCCACCGUGGGCCCUUUAAGGACGUCACCAUCGUGCACGUGAGCGUGGAGGAUGUGGAUGAGCCCCCACUGUUCGGCUCCACAGCGUACUACGUAGAGGUUCCUGAGGAUGCAGAGAUUGGCACGGUGGUGAAGAUGGUGUCGGCACGAGAUCCGGAUGCCGCCAACAACACCGUGAGGUACUCCAUCGAGAGGUCCAGCGACCCAGAGAAGUUCUUCUACAUCGAACUGACCACCGGGUCACUCAUGACUGUGCGUUCGCUGGACCGAGAAGAGAGCAGCUGGCACAACAUCACCAUCCUUGCCAUGGAGAUGAGUAACCCCUCGCAGAUUUCCAGUGUCUCUGUGGCCGUGAAAGUCCUGGACGUGAAUGACAAUCCACCCUCACUGACGCACUACCUGGAGACGUAUGUGUGUGAAAACGCCAAAGCUGGACAGCUGAUCCAAACUGUGACGGCUGUGGAUCCGGAUGAGCCGCUGGGCGGACAGCGCUUCUACUACAGCCUCGCACCAGAGGCCGCCAACAACCCCAACUUCACUCUGAGAGACAACCAGGACAACACAGCCUGGAUCCUGACGAGACGCGGCGGCUGGUCCCAGCACGACCAGACCAUCUUCUACCUGCCGAUCUUCGUCUCUGACGGCGAGCAGCCGGUCCAGACCAGCACCAGCAUUCUGACCAUCCGCGUGUGCAGCUGCGACCACGAGGGCAACGUCAUGUCGUGCAACGCCGAGGCCUACAGCCUGCCGGCCAGCCUCAGCAAAGGGGCGCUCAUCGCCAUCCUGGCCUGCAUCUUCGUCCUGCUGGUGAUGAUUCUGCUCAUGCUGUCUCUGCGGACACAUCGCAAGAAGCCCUACCUGUGCGACGAGGAGGAAAACGUGCACGAGAACAUCGUGCGCUACGACGACGAAGGCGGCGGCGAGGAGGACACGGAGGCCUUCGACAUCGCCGCCAUGUGGAACCCCCGCGAGGUGCACCACCCCCUCAGCAAGAUGCGGCAGGACAUGCUGCCGGAGAUCGAGAGCCUGUCCCGUUACGUGCCGCAGGCGGCCGUCGUGGGCGGCGGCGGGGACAGCAACGUCCACGGGUACGUGCUGGCCAAGCUCCUGGAGGCCGACAUGGACCCCUGCGCCCCCCCGUACGACUCCCUGCAGACCUACGCCUACGAGGGGGAGGGAUCGGUGGCGGAGUCGCUGAGCUCCCUCCACUCCGGAACGUCGAACACCGACCACGAGUACGACUACCUGAACGACUGGGGCCCCCGCUUCAAAAAGCUCGCUGAGAUGUACGGCGUCCUGGAGACAAACAGCCCUCCCAUGUGGUAG